UGUACAAUUUUUGUGUUUAAACAUCUAUCAACGUGACAACGUGCACACGUAAAAUUAAACAAAAAUGCAGCAAAAUUGCAUACAAGAGGGUCAACCAAAAAAAAAGCAAAGUGAUCUUUUAUACAGAUAUGGAUAUUUUUUAUCAAUGCUUUUAUGUAUGAUACUUGCCUCUAUAAAACCACAUUUUGGUAAAACAAACGGUAUUCUUAAUGGAAAUGUUAUUAUCCGAUAUUUUGCUGUUCCUUUAACAUAUUUAGAGGCAGGCCUACUCUGUGAUCCUAAAACACUUUAUUUAACAUUGAGCAAUGGCUCUCUCUUAGUAUUUACAAUGAUUUUUAUAUAUGUUUUAAUGCCCUUUUUGAUGAGGGUUGGAGUAUGUUUGCUAACUUAUGCCAAUGUCAAUGUAUGGCUAUUAAAAGGAAUGGAAGUACUUUACUGCAUGCCACCUCCAUUUAAUACAAGUUUUGUUCUGUGCAGAUUGGCACAGGCAGAUUUGUCAACAAGUAUUGUGAUAACUUUGGUGUCCCAUUUUGGAGGAUUAUUUAUAUCCCCUAUAUUACUAUACUUUGUGUUAGGGGCAUCUACACCUCCUCUGGUUGGGGUAAAUGUUAAAGAAACCAUUUAUAGUACAAUUGUACCACUAGCUGCUGGUAUUGCAAUUCAAAGCAUUAUUUUAAAGUAUGAUUUUUGUCCUAAAAUUAAAUCACCAUGGUUUUCUCAAGGACUACUAUUAGCAACAGCAUAUCACUGGUUUUGUGAUGCUGUGUUAGUAGAUGCAUCAUCCUUGCAAGCCACAGAUGUGUUAUUAUGUGUAUUACUUGCUUGCGUGGGACAACUGUUUGUUAGCUGCUUGUGUUGGAUUUUGUGCUCUCGGUGGUUACCUCGGAAUAUCUUGCUAGCUGCACUUUUUACAAGUACUCACAAAUCAGUUGGUCUUGGCAGCUGGGUUUUACGUGGUGCUUACCAUGGUUCAGCUCAUGGUCCAGCAGUGAAUUUACCAUUAUCUGUAUUACCAGUUGCACAAUUACUCUUAGGUAGUUUAUUAGCUAGUUGGUUGUCUCCAUAA